AUGGAUGUUUAUGGGCUCAAGAGAUUUCUAAAAAACAAUGGAUCAAAAGAUUAUAAUAGAAUAAGAGCUUUACCCUCUAAAUCUAAAAUAGUAAAAUCUUUGCAAAAAUAUAAAGAUGUCAUUACAAAAUAUAUCGGAUCAGAAUAUGUCGGAUCACUAUUGAAGUGGGAAGUAAGUAAUGAAAGAGUAAUACAAGCUCUUUUGAAAGAAUUUAAUUCGGAUACAUGGGAAUCUAUAGAUUGUGUAAAAUUAAAUUAUAAGUUUAUUUGUAAACGCUUCGAAAAUGGCAAAUUAAUCGAUGACACUACAAAUAUCAUUAUUUAUAAAUGUGAUUUAUUGAAUAAUGAAGAUUUAGUGAUGAUUACAUCUGCUGGAUUAUUUAUAUGGUCAAUUUGGCAGAAAUAUAAAAAAAUUAGAUUACGAUAUUACAUGCAUUGGAGAGGAUUCGGAUGUAUUAUAAACUAUGAGGGAAAUUUAUUGCCAGCUCCAGAUUUUGAUUUUCUCAUUAUUAAUAAUAAACAAUCUUAUAUGGAAGAUAAUAGAUAUAUUUUUGAAGAAUUAAUGAAUGACUACAUUGAUGAUAAUAUAUUAAUGAAAUUAUAUGGGAAGGACUUCUUAAUUGCUACAAUAAAUGGAUUAUCUAAUUAUACUCAGAAUUUAUUGCUAAUAGCAACUAUUAUUCUUGGAUUUUUACAUCUUAUAUUUGAAAUUCGACAAUUUAUUUAUUCUCCUUUAUUUUGGAUUUUUGAUAUUUGGAAUUAUUUUGGUGCAAUAUUAUUUCCUGUUUUAACUUCUAUUGACUGGUUGCAAUUUUCUACAACAUCAAUUUGGGCUGUUACAAUUUCUAUAUUAUUACUUGAACUUAAAUUUAUAACAUUUUUUCGUGCUAUUGAAUUUAGUGGUACUCAUUGGGCAAUGGUUAUUGACCAACAACUGAUGCAAGUUAUUUAG